AGAUGUUUCCAUGGCCGUAGAGAUAAGGCCCCCUAUUAUGCCCUCGUUAGCCCCCAGAUCUGGCAGAUCUUGGGGAAAGACGUCAUCAUUGUAUCCGUCCACACCUCGCAAGCCUCGCAAGCCUCGCAAGGUCGAUUAUGUGGGUUUGCGAUAAGAUCAAGACCCCUAUAAGGUGAAGAAAAGCGCCAAAGUCGCAAUUGUCGCAACCCACUUCUGUCUCAUAUCAUUAGCACAGAAUUCCGCACUGAACCUAUCCCAUUGUUGACAGCUAAACGAUGGUGUACCCUGGACGCCCCAGCCGCGGUUGUCAGGCAUGCAUUGCACGGAAAGUCAAGUGUGACGAGGGGAAGCCAGAAUGUGAACGUUGCAAGAAACGUGAGCAGCCAUGUCCUGGAUAUCGAGAUCCAGAAGAACGCAAGUCGAUGCAGAGACGCAGGACUCGCUCUGCUGUAUCGACGAGCGGUCCCUCGACGUCAUCAUCGGCGGCUCCAGAAGCAUCAGGAGCUCGACAUCAUCAACCGGCGAGCUCAGUCUCGCGCAGCCAGAGCCUGGGUACCCCCGCUGUACCACCGCAACAGAACUUCUGCGAUCAAGCAGUAUGCUUCUUCUUCCACCAAUAUAUCAUUGCCUCCACCGACGGUGGGAAUCCGGGAUUCCUUGAUUUCCUGCCGGAGCUAUAUGAACGCACCAGUGCAGACGAUGCCCUCUCACAAGCUGUCAAAGCAGUCUCGUACAUUACUCUUUCUGGCCAGUCAUCCGUCAAGAUCCUGUCUGACAAAGGCCACGAGCAUUAUCGAACCACCCUGCAGAGGAUAACCCAGAUGUUGCAAACGCCAGAAGGUGCUGCACAAGACUCCCUGAUCGUGGCGAUCAUGCUUGUUGUGCUGUUCGAGAAUGUCACAUACGAAAAGCCGGCGGUUAUGAUGAGCCACGCGAAGGGUCUUCACACCCUUCUACUACAUCGUGGCGUUGGACAAUUCACCAGCCCCCAGAGCCGGGCAAUAUUUCGUCAUGUCAACUCUCACACUCAAGUGCGCAACAUUGAGCUUUCUCAGUACCCAAGCCCCGAGACCGAGCAAUGGCUUCAAGGACUCGACAUGUCCAGUCCGACUGCCGGCUCAAUCUCUGAGAAGUAUCGCAUUGCCAGUAUUCGGGCGGCGGCCAAAGAAGCACUGUCACACCCUCAUAACACCAGAGACAUUGAAGCGAGGCUGCUGGAAAUACUAGAACAGGCCAGAGAGCUUGACGCUGAUGUCGCACGCUGGGCGCGAGACCUGCCCCCUUCAUGCCGGUACAAUGUCUGGAGGCUCGAUGCGAACGGCGAUGCAGGGCAAGUAAUGGAAGUCCCUGGAUCUUCCACCGCGCUACCGGGGCUUAUGGAAGACUCGAGCCAGCACAUACUGAUAUACGCGGACGUCUGGUUCGCGUCACUAUGGGCAGGCCACAGGACUUCGCGCCUCAUGCUCAACGAGACCAUUAUCCGAAUUGCACGCCGGCUGAAUCUCACUUAUGCUCAACAAGACGCAAUCACCGUCAUACAGGAAAUGUGCACCGAAACAUGCGCUAGUAUCCCUUUCUCGCUUGGUGAUGUUCAGGUCCGCACUGACGGAAUGGGUCGCGAGGUUCUGGAGAUGAACAUUGAUUCGCGAACAAAAAAGGGCGCCGGUGCGGGAGCGUAUUUCGUUGUUUGGAGUUUAAGGCAUGUUGUGAGUUGUGAAUUUGCGACCGAGGCGCAGAUACAGAGUGCUAGCGAGGCGCUCGUGAGGAUCGGAGCCCAGUAUGGCAUUAAGCAGGCACUUACGCUGGCGAACAGGCAGUACCAAUGCCACCCGGGUGCGACAAGCAGAUGAUCUGGAUCUUGGAACUUUAAGGAC